CCUCAGACAGCGUUUCCUGCCUGCCUAGCUGCGGGAGGAAACCUCCCUCCUUCUGUCUUGAGUCCAUCCGGUUGGCCGCACUGUGUGAGCGAGUGUCGUCAUCUGUGAUUCUACUUCCACUCCGCUGUGGGAGGGGAGAAGGCGGUAACAUGGCGACAUUGGAGCCGACUGAGCUUCCAGUGAAAAUGAGCCAUAAGAAGUCCAGGGCUGCUCGGCAGAAGGAGAAACGGAAGAAAUGGCGACAGGAGCUCGCCCGAUUGAGAGAUGCAGAAUUGGCACAGAAUGAGGAGGAAGAAGAUCCUAUUGCUGAAGAAAAACGAUUGGAAGAAGAAAGGCUGAUGGAGGAAGAGAGGCAAAGAUUGCAUGAAGAAUGGUUACGGAGGGAAGAGAAGGCACAAGAGGAAUUCCGUGCAAAGAAGAAAAAAGAAGAAGCAGCUCGAAAACGGAAGGAAGAACAAGAGAGAAAGUUAAAAGCAGAAUGGGAAGAGCAGCAGAGAAAAGAACGAGAGGAAGAGGAGCAGAGACAGCAGGAGAAGAGAGAAAGAGAGGAAGCUGUGCAGAAGAUGCUGGAUCAGGCUGAAAAUGAGUUGGAAAAUGGUGGCACCUGGCAGAACCCAGAACCGCCCACGGAUGUGAGAGUAUUGGAGAAAGAUCGAGCCAAUUGUCCAUUCUACACAAAAACGGGAGCUUGCAGAUUUGGCGAUAGGUGUUCACGUAAACACAACUUCCCCACGUCAAGUCCCACCUUGCUUAUUAAGAGCAUGUUUACAACGUUUGGAAUGGAACAGUGCAGGAGGGAUGACUAUGACCCCGAUUCAAGCCUGGAGUACAGUGAGGAAGAGACCUACCAGCAGUUCCUAGACUUCUACCACGAUGUCCUGCCGGAGUUCAAGAACGUGGGAAAAGUGGUUCAAUUUAAGGUCAGCUGCAACUUGGAACCCCAUCUGCGCGGCAAUGUGUAUGUUCAGUACCAGUCGGAAGAAGACUGUCAAGCAGCUUUUUCUCUUUUUAAUGGACGAUGGUAUGCAGGACGACAGCUUCAGUGCGAAUUCUGCCCAGUGACCCGGUGGAAAAUGGCAAUUUGUGGCUUAUAUGAAGUACAGCAGUGUCCAAGAGGAAAACACUGCAACUUUCUUCACGUGUUCAGAAACCCCAACAAUGAAUUUAGGGAAGCAAAUAGAGACAUCUACCUGUCUUCAUAUUGGACAAGCUCCUCCUUUGGUAAGAAUUUGGAGAGGAGGGAAAGGACCAGUCACUAUGAUUACUACAGAAGGUCAAGAAGACGAAGGAGCCUGAGUCCAGACCUCUCCCACAAGAGAAACGGUGAAUCUGACAGGAAGAGCAGUAGUAUUCACAGGGGUAAGAAGUCUCACAGACAUGUGACAAAAAGUCGUGAGAGGCGCCCUUCACUGAGCAGAGGAAGAAGGAGGAGGGAUCACAGUCCAGGCCCCUGGAGACAGAGCCGCAGGAGCCGCAGGAGCAGGAGCCGGAGUCGAAGUAGGAGCCGAAGUUGGAGCUGGAGCUCAUCGAGGUCCAGGAGUCAUGGCAGGAGGAAGUCAGGUAGUAGAGACAAAACCACCCAGAGUCCCAAAUCUAAAUAAACUUGGUUUUUUUAAAAUAUCAAUCUGUCUUUCUAUGGCAGCUAAUUCACCUGUGUAGUUUGACAAGGCUAGCUAAAUACUAUGAUGUAAAUCAUACUUUUUGAUAAAUUGUAUCUAUAAAACAUGAAAUUACUUGUAAUCCUAACUUUGAGAGCAUCAGUUAACAUUAGAGUAAUACUUUAGUAUUUUUUCGUUUUCUGUAUUUUUUUCUCUGUGUAAAUUAUCACAAGUAUGGAGGUCAGAGGACAAUUUUCAGGGGUCAGUUACACAGUGAGAUCCAGGGAUUGAACUGAGGUCAUGAGGCUUUCUCACCAAAUAUCUUUACCCUUUGAGCCAUCUUGCUAGCCCACCUUGUUAUUCUUAAGUGUCCAUACCCUUUACUUUUGGUUUAUGCAAAUGGGCAUUUUGCUAACAUGUAUUCGUGUGCACUACUUGUGUGCCUAGUGCCCACGGAGGCCAGCAGAUGGCGUCAGAUCCCUUGGACUGGAGUUAUAGAUGUUGUGAGCUGCCAUUUGGGUGCUGGGAAUCGAACUCAGGUCCUCUGGAAGAGUAUCAUUGAACCAUCUCUCCAGCCCAACACAUUAUAUUUUAAUUCAAAGAUCACAUAUGGCUUUAAUGUUUUUCACUUAAUUGUCUCAUUUCAUCAAUCCUGAUUCUGUAGUCCCAUAAUUCGUAUUUUUACUUACCACAUAGAGAAUAAUACAUCUACAUUUAUUUGAUAAUAUCCCUAUUGUUGGAUUUUUAAAGAUGACCCUCUUAGAUUUGUUUGUUCUUCACCUGGGGGCUGUUGUGGUGUAUAUCCUUUUUGAAUAGUGUGUUGUGAAAGUUCUUUAUAUACAGGCAUUUUGUCAUUUCCCAGAAAAUUAGAGUCACUACUGACUCCAUGCACUUUAAAACAGUCCUGGUAUAAUAAUCACAGAAGAGUGAUCAGCGGAGAAGUGAAUGUAGGAUCAUGUAUAUUAUCCCUAGCGUUCCCAAGAUGCUCUCCUCUCAGUCUUUCACUGUCGCUCUGGACCUUGAGAUUCAGUCACGUGAUAUUUAGCAAUCUGACAUUUGAGAAUUCAUUAAAGAUGCAUACAGGUUGCGUGCAGUGGCUUAUGCCAGGAAUCCUUGCAAUUGGGAGCCCAAGUGGCGAGGGCUAGAGCGCGAGACUCAGCCUCAUUUCAGGAAAGAAAAAAAGCACAAAAUGUUAAAAAAUGUUUAAGAAAAUGCAACUUGUUUUGAUUCUAAAUGCUUGCUUCACACUAAAAAUUAUGGACUAGGUUCACUAGGUUCAUUAAUGCUGAAUAAUUUUAAGUAAAUUCGGUAUUUUUAAAAUACUGUUCAAGCUUCAGCCAAGAUUAUGUAAAGAUUGUUUUGUAUGUGUGAUGUUGAGGCUUCCAACAUGGUAGGCAAGGGCUCUACCACUGAAGUACAUCCCCGGUCGUAAAGCUAAAUAUUCUUAGAUCAUGAUGGAAAGUGAAGACAACUGAACAGGUGAUUACCUUCCCCUCAAAUGUUAAUUGGCCAGUACAGACUGCAGGGGAAGUUGAGAAAACCUGUGACUAGAUCAUUACCCCGACAGUGACUUUGAGCUUACAUUUACUCUAAUGAUCGGGUGCCUAUGUGUCUGUGCUAAACCACUUACCACUCAACUCCACAUUACUGACAGAAGCCCACGGGCUUUUCAGUGAACAGCUUCACUCACAAAAGCCCUUUAAAUCUACAGAUGACUGUUCAACUUCAUUUGCUGAGAAUCCUUUCCUCAUUCUUAAAUACCUCAGGCUUAGAAUGUACCGGUUUCUAUUCGUAGUAGCAGAAGGCCCCAUAACCAUUAUCACUGUUGUAACUGGAAGUUUUGACUUGUUGCUUACAUUAGGCAGCACAGUCAGCAAAUUAGUCUGUUGCAUGUGCUAGCACUUCCUCAUGUAGGAGGUGAGGAUUCAUCAUUUGGAUAUUAUUUGAUUAUCCGGAGUAAUCUGAGUUGCUAAAUCAGAAAGCGUAUAGAAGGCAAUUGCAUCAAGGUUUUAAAAGUGGCAUUUAUUAAUUGAAAAUAAAUGUGUUGUAAGUUCUUGAUAGCAUAGAAUUCAUGUGAUUUUUUUUAAUGAGCUGGAUGUACAUGGAAAUUCCUUGACUCUUUUGCCGUUUUUGUGUGUGUGUGCAAGUACUAUCACAUUCCAGUGCAGGGAAUGGGGUGUCAGAUGAGAGGGAUUGUCAGCACUGUAUCGAAAAAGCAGAACCCUUCUUUCAACAGCUCUCCCUAGUUUGACAAAACUUUUGGAAAGAGAUAAGAGAACCACCACAGUGUUUGUAGAACAUUUAUUACUAUUAAUCGGUGAUGUGAUAAGACAGUGUUCAAGUGGCUUGAAAGUUGUUCACAAUCACAGCAAAGCUUACUCCAGCCUAGCAUAUACAGGGCAAAGUAGAAAUCAGGGGGAGGUAUUCAGGUAUGUGUCAGUAUUUAUAAAAGUGAUGCCGAGCAUUUAUAUAGCUUGAAAAAAUAGAGGGCCAACUUAUGCCAUUUACUUGACUCAGCUCUCACUUUGCUCUAUGAAAGGUAUCUGAAAUUUCCGUAAGACUUCCAAUGAGUAGGCAGUGAUAGGGAAGGAGAGGGAGCUGCUGUCGAGCUUGUAGCACUUAUAAUUGGAAGGAAGCAAUGGGGAAGCAAAAAAAAAAGGCUUUAACAAGCACUCCAGAAGGAACAUUCAUGCUUUAGAUUAUGACUUUAUGUAACACUUUGUGAAGUGAGAAACAUACCUGGUAAUUUACCAUCCUACUUAGUUUGGGGCAUUGAAAAUAAUUUAGUAGCUACAUGAUUAUGACCACUAAAACUUCACCUCAGGAGUCGAAUGUUCCUUGGCCUUAAAAAUUAUGUGCUCAAGAUCAGGAAAGUCUUUGUUCCCUGUCCCACUUAUUCAGAAUACUUAAUUUUAUUGUAAAAUAGCAUCAUUCUAAGUUAGUCCUCUAAAGCAUCGAUUCCCUUUGCUUGAAUGUAUGUUGUAUCCAAAUAAGGUUCUUUGGUACAAA